AUGUACAGACAGUUGGUGGGAAGUCUUAUCUAUCUCACGUUAUCCAGACCAGAUAUUGCUUAUGCAGUGAGUGUGAUUAGUCGGUUUAUGCAAAAACCGAUGAAACGUCACCUGGAGGCCGUACGUCGAAUAUUAAGGUAUGUGAAAGGAACCAUUGACUAUGGAAUCCUGUACCGCAAUGAUAAAGAGAUUGAAGUUGUCGGAUACUGUGAUGCUGACUAUGCUGGUGAUCUCGACACACGUCGGUCAACUACGGGUUAUGUAUUUAAUCUGGGUUCUGGAGCAGUCUCUUGGUGUAGCAAGAGACAAUCAACAGUGUCAUUGUCAAGUACGGAAGCGGAAUAUAGAGCGGCAGCUAUGGCUACACAAGAGUGUGUGUGGUUGACGCAAUUACUCAAGGAUCUGCAUCAACCAAUUGAUCGAGGAAUCAAGUUAGCUUGUGAUAAUCAGUCCGCGAUACGUUUAGCGGAGAAUCCUGUUUUUCACGCCAGGACAAAACAUGUGGAGGUACAUUAUCAUUUUAUCCGAGAAAAGGCUCUACGGGGUGAAAUUGAACUUGAACAAGUGAAUACGGAGGACCAGGUUGCUGAUAUAUUCACAAAAGGUCUUAGAGGACCAACGUUUGAAAAGUUUCAGAAACAACUUGGUAUGAUGUCGAGACUAACUUUGAGAAAGUAG